AUGGCAUUCCUCCAUUCCGUCGAUACGAUUACCCUGAAGUCCGGUGAAACGGAAAACCUCAAAUCCGCAUUGUGCAGUGCGGGUGACAAAUCUGGGACCAUUCAAACUUCGCCUACUGAUGACAACCAAAUGGUCGAGAACGCAGACACUCUUGGAAGUGCAACAGUUCCAAAAGUUCCCAAUUGUGGUUAUGAAGGUGUUGGUGAAGUUUAUGCAGUUGGAUCUAAGGUCAAUGGUCUUUCUCCUGGUGAUUGGGUCAUUCCAUCUCCACCAUCUUCAGGGACUUGGCAGACUUAUGUUGUGAAGGAGGAGAGUGUGUGGCACAAAAUCGAUAAAGCGUGUCCAAUGGAGUAUGCGGCGACGAUCACUGUUAAUCCAUUGACGGCUUUAAGGAUGCUUGAGGAUUUUGUGAACUUAAAUUCUGGAGACUCUGUGGUGCAGAAUGGUGCAACAAGUAUCGUGGGUCAAUGUGUCAUCCAGUUGGCAAGACUCCGUGGCAUCAGUACCAUCAACAUUAUUCGUGACAGGGCUGGUUCGGAUGAAGCAAGAGAGCAGCUGAAAGCUCUAGGUGCAGAUGAAGUGUUUUCAGAGAGUCAACUCAAUGUAAAGAACGUGAAAAGUCUUUUGGGUAACUUACCUGAACCAGCUCUGGGAUUCAACUGUGUUGGUGGCAAUGCUGCUUCUCUUGUGCUCAAGUAUCUCAGGGAAGGAGGAACCAUGGUAACAUAUGGUGGGAUGUCUAGGAGGCCAAUCACUGUGUCAACAACAUCUUUCAUCUUUAAGGAUUUGGCCUUGAGAGGAUUCUGGCUGCAGAGUUGGUUGAGUAUGGGUAAAGUAAAAGAAUGCAGAGAGAUGAUAGACUAUCUCCUCGGGCUUGCACGAGACGGAAAGCUAAAAUACGAAACGGAAUUGGUUCCCUUCGACGAGUUCCCUGUUGCUCUCGAUAAAGCUCUCGGGAAGCUAGGUAGGCAACCUAAACAAGUCAUCACAUUCUGAAGCUUCCUUCGUGUGAGCCAUGUUAGUGUUAGCUAUUAAUGUGAUAAUGCAUGAUGUACUUUAUUAUACGGUAUCUGCGUCCUCUUGUCUAAUGUAUCAGAAAACAAUGAGAAUGUAAACGUCAUUAAAACCAAAAUAAAGAAAUCGUUAUGCU